AUGCUGUCCAAUCCGACCAAUCUUCAUCCGCGCCAGCGGCAACACCGACGACAACACUCGACGCCCACGGCAUUCGAAGCGGUGAAGAUGCCAAACCUGCCGAAUGUACCCCGACAACAAGUGUCCCACCGGAGAGGCAUGAGCCUGGACACCCGACGCCAACAACACAUUCGACGACAAUCGACCUCGCCAACAACGCCGAGUCGGCAGGAAUUUACAAGACAUGUUUUGCGAGAAGCGCAGCAGCAACGCAUAGUGCGCCCGGGCCAAGGCCAGCCCUACCCCGGCGCGGCCCACGGCGAGACCUUCUUGAUCUCGCCGCAGGGCACGCCCCAAUUUCAACACAGAUUUGACACCGCUUGCUUUGAUCGUGUCCCUGGCGGACCGCAGCAGGACUGCAUCAACGUGCCCUACCAGGUGUACGGCGGACCCGUCAAUGUCAUGAUGAAGAAGAACCAGGUCAACUUCCCCAACGAGAUGGCCGGUCCCCAGGAUUUCGAGCUGUUUCCUCCCGAGAGCAGCCUGUCCACGCCCACUUUCAUGACGUUCCCAGACGCUUCGCCCAAUUCCCAGGGUUGGAUCUCCGAGGGAGACACGACGGGCAGCAGGCGGAACUCGCGGAGGAUCAGCAACGGCAUCAUGGACCGCGUCAGCAAGUUCGAGAAUAUGACUAUGGAAGGUCCUCACAGACCUGUCACGCCUCCCAACCAGAAUGUCACCAAUUACUUCCCCCCAACACCUAUGGACACGCCCCAUGAUAGGAUGAUCAAGCAGGAAGCAAGACUUUCAAGAUUCUCCGAUGACUACGACGAGUCAAUGGAGGAGACCCUCAAGCCGAGGAGGCAGGGAUCCGCAAGGACAAACGCCAUCUUCGUGGAGAUGCGGAAGCAAGCCGAGGCAGGGAUGAGGCCGACUGCGAACAUGAACAACAUGCAAAUGUCCAUGUCGGCUCAGGAUUUCAUGAACAUGAACAACGUCAACGCCGAGUUUCUCAAGAUCAACAACGGCUAUGACGGCCUGCCCACCGGCGUCGACACUUUCACCAUGUCGCCUGCUACAACGCAUCCUUCCAACCCGACUACACCCGACAUGCAGAUCGGCAGCGGAGCCUUUGACAAUAGGAUGAACUUGCGAACCGUCGAGUAUGAGGAUGUGGCCGUCGUAUCACCACAUCACCAAAGCAACUCAUCGCAGGUGGAUCCCAGCUCCCCUUCUCACCAUGCUCCUGGACAUCGUCGCACCGAAUCCAUUGCGAGUGCUGCGAGCGCUGCGAGCAUAGCGAGCAUCAACAUUGAGGAGACCAAGACUGAUACGGGCGUGACUACUGAGGACAUUGCUCAGUACAUCGAGGGGCCAGAUCCGACUGAUGGCAAAUGGUUGUGCAAAUACGAGGACUGCGGCAAGAAGUUCGGACGCAAGGAGAACAUCAAGUCUCAUGUCCAGACACAUCUGAACGACCGCCAGUAUCAGUGCCCGACCUGCCAGAAAUGCUUCGUCCGCCAGCACGACCUCAAGAGGCACGCCAAGAUUCACACUGGCAUCAAGCCGUACCCUUGCGAGUGUGGCAACAGCUUCGCUCGUCACGAUGCACUGACCCGCCAUCGCCAACGAGGCAUGUGCAUUGGUGCGUUCGACGGUAUUGUGCGCAAGGUUGUGAAGCGCGGCCGUCCGCGUAAGCACAGGCCCGAUAUGGACACCCGGCUCGAAAAGUCGGCUCGCACGCGAAACAAGAUCAGAGCUACCGGUUCGUCCCCUUCGGCGUCAUCGCAGUCUGGCUAUUCUGAUAGCUCUGCGGCCACCUCCCCCAACAGCGGUUUCGAGAAUGUUCUUGACGAGCAGCCGUUCGACGAUGUCAUGGACGUCGCGAUGGGCGUUCCCGACAGCGGUUCGUCGUCAGCGGCCACUGUCACGAUGAACUCUAGCUCCAUGGCUGUAUCCUCGGCACCGAUGCCUGGUCUUGGGCUCGCCGCUGUGGACAUGGGCGAGGCUCUUUCCUCGCUAUCGCCGGAGCAUAUGCAAUCCCCCUCAAACAUGAGCCACUACUCUCACGUCUCUCAGCUUUCGCUGGUCGGCGAAGACCCCAUCAUGGACGGUCUUCCGUCACACCCGCAUUCGCCAGCCAAGAGUGUCGCGAGCCACUACUCCCACCACCCUUGCACCCCGCCCGAACUAUCGGCGUCGAGCUCACCCCCGCCUUCAUCUGGCACCACGCGGUUCUUUGAGUUGGACCCCAACUCGAGCUGCACAGAUGAUUCGCUCGGUUUGAGUGCUCCGCUGAUGUCGGCGUGUGCUAGCGGCGGUGCGGAUAUUGGCAACUGCUCGAGCGUGUCGCUCGACGAUGACUUGCUCAAGGCCUUCACCAAUGAGGACGGCAUGGUUCCCCUCGACACUUCGGGGAUGAUGCUCGGCAGCAAGUUCGACGACGAGUACGGUAUGUACGCCAACGGAGAUGACGUCUUCUUCGGCACCAGCUGA